CGGAAGUGAACGUCACAUACACAGGAAUGGCCCAAAAUAAGCCGCACCGGAGCAGAAUGAUAAACAAUUCUUAGGAGAAAAAUGCAUUUUUACUUUAUGUUUGUGUUGAAGGGAUGAGUUAUUUCUUCAGAGGUCGUUUCAAGACAUUACAGAGGGUGUUGUCUUGCUAAAUGGAGUCUGAGCAGUUGUUCAACAGAGGCUACGGCAGGAACAGCUACAAUAGCAUCACCAGUGCCAGCAGUGACGAAGAGCUCCUUGAUGGUGCUGGAGUCAUCAUGGACUUCCACACCACAGAGGACGACAACCUGCUCGACGGGGACGCGUCCCCAGGGUCAAACUACGCCAUGUCUAACGGUGGAGGUGGAGGAGGGGCCAGUAGCUCCACACACCUGCUGGACCUACUGGAUGAGCCCAUUCCAGGUGUGGGAACCUAUGAUGAUUUCCACACUAUCGACUGGGUCAGAGAAAAGUGCAAAGACAGAGAGCGCCACCGCAAGAUAAACAGUAGGAAGAAGGAAUCGGCGUGGGAGUUCACCAAGAGUCUUUAUGAUGCCUGGUCAGGGUGGCUGGUGGUCACACUUACAGGACUUGCGUCAGGAGCAUUAGCGGGUGUCAUAGACAUUGCUGCUGACUGGAUGAACGACCUAAAGGAGGGCGUUUGUCUCAGUGCCAUGUGGUUCAAUCAUGAGCAGUGCUGCUGGGGCUCCAACGAGACCACCUUUGCUGAGAGAGACAAGUGUCCUCAGUGGAAGACAUGGGCCGAACUCAUCCUGGGUCAGGCUGAGGGUCCUGGUUCCUAUAUAAUGAACUACUUCAUGUUCACGUUUUGGGCGCUGUCCUUUGCUUUCCUGGCAGUCUCUCUUGUGAAAGUGUUUGCACCUUACGCCUGCGGGUCUGGAAUACCCGAGAUUAAAACCAUUUUGAGUGGCUUCAUUAUUCGGGGGUACCUGGGGAAGUGGACCCUUCUGAUAAAGACCAUCACUCUGGUACUAGCUGUGGCAUCAGGUCUCAGUCUUGGAAAGGAGGGUCCGCUGGUCCACGUGGCCUGUUGCUGUGGCAACAUCUUUUCCUACCUCUUCCCUAAAUACAGCAAAAACGAAGCCAAGAAACGAGAGGUUCUGUCUGCCGCGUCUGCUGCUGGUGUGUCUGUUGCUUUUGGAGCUCCUAUAGGAGGCGUACUCUUCAGUUUAGAGGAGGUCAGUUACUACUUCCCUCUAAAGACUCUGUGGCGCUCCUUCUUCGCUGCACUGGUGGCAGCGUUUGUUCUGCGCUCCAUAAACCCAUUCGGGAACAGUCGGCUGGUGCUGUUCUACGUUGAGUAUCACACUCCCUGGUACCUUUUUGAGCUUUUCCCCUUCAUCCUGCUGGGAGUUUUCGGUGGCCUAUGGGGGGCCUUUUUCAUCCGGGCCAAUAUUGCGUGGUGCCGGCGCCGCAAAUCCACCCGCUUUGGAAAGUAUCCCGUUUUAGAAGUGAUCACUGUGGCUGCUAUCACGGCCAUCGUUGCAUUUCCAAAUCCGUACACGCGGCAGAACACCAGUGAGCUGAUUAAGGAGCUGUUCACAGACUGUGGCCCGCUGGAGUCAUCACAACUCUGCCAGUACAGAAGUCAGAUGAAUGGCAGUCAAGCUUACCCAGAAGGAUCCGAGGCCGCCACGCCAGGUGUUUACUCAGCCAUGUGGCAGCUUAGCCUGGCACUCAUCUUUAAAAUCAUCAUGACCAUCUUUACCUUUGGCCUAAAGGUGCCGUCAGGUCUAUUCAUUCCCAGCAUGGCUAUUGGUGCAAUCGCUGGACGCAUUGUGGGCAUCGCUGUAGAGCAGCUGGCAUAUUAUCACCAUGACUGGUUCCUGUUCAGAGAGUGGUGUGAGGUGGGUGCUGACUGCAUCACGCCUGGACUGUACGCUAUGGUGGGGGCGGCAGCCUGCCUUGGUGGUGUGACUCGUAUGACCGUGUCUCUGGUGGUCAUCGUGUUUGAAUUGACUGGCGGGCUGGAAUACAUUGUUCCUUUAAUGGCAGCUGUGAUGACCAGUAAAUGGGUGGGUGAUGCAUUCGGGAGAGAGGGAAUAUAUGAGGCCCAUAUCCGUUUGAACGGAUACCCCUUCCUGGACGCUAAAGAAGAGUUCACGCACACCACGUUAGCACGGGAAGUGAUGCGUCCACGUCGCAGUGACCCACCGUUGGCCGUGCUCACGCAGGAUGACAUGACGCUCGGCGAGCUGCAGGCCAUGAUCGCAGAAACGAGCUACAAUGGCUUCCCGGUCAUUGUCUCCAAAGAGUCACAGAGACUGGUGGGCUUUGCCCUGCGUAGGGAUAUAACGAUUGCCAUAGAAAAUGCCCGCCGUAAGCAGGAGGGAAUAGUGAUGAAUUCACGAGUUUAUUUUACUCCGCACGCCCCGACCCUUCCGGCCGACAGCCCGCGGCCUCUGAAACUCCGCAGCAUCCUCGACAUGAGCCCCUUCACCGUCACAGACCACACACCCAUGGAGAUUGUGGUCGACAUUUUCCGCAAGCUCGGCCUGCGCCAGUGCCUUGUGACGCACAACGGGAUUGUAUUGGGCAUCAUCACAAAGAAGAAUAUUUUAGAACAUCUGGAAGAGAUCAAGCAGCAAGUGGAGCCUUUGGCGCCUCCUUGGUAUUAUUACAAAAAAAGAUAUCCUCCGUCAUAUGGCCCAGAUGGCAAACCAAGACCCAGAGUCCAUAAUGUUCAAUUAGCAUCCUCCUCCUCUCGCUACGAGGAAGAAAGUGAAGAGGAGGUGCGUUUACUGGACAAUUCAUCCCUCUGACCACACGUUCAUUUGGUACCCUUAACCUGCCAUCAAAAAAAAAAAACACUAUGCCUGAUGGGACCCCAUCAUAUCUUCUGGAUACAUGCACAAGUUACCAGAAGGAGAUACUUGAGGUAGAGUCUGGCUGCUUUGAGAAGUCUGGAGUUUGAGAAAAGUCUCGGGUUAGCGUUUACAUGCUAACAUGCUAAAGCUAACUCUCACACGCAUGCACAAACACCCACACAAGGCACCUUUACUCUUUUACCUUCGGGCCCUCUUUAUUUGGCCUCUCUUCGCUUUCUGCCUGAGGAAAUGUGUCUUGAGAAGGUCAAGAUGAACCGCUCGGUCGCGAGGAGGGACCUUCACUGCAAAGCGAGGGUGCUGUGGCCCCUCCCACCCUCACUGCCCAAAAACAGAGACUGCAUAACAUUGUUUACCUGUUGUGUGUACGUUUUGAAGGAGUGAGAUUGUGUUUGUGAAAGCAUCCCAACAUUCCAGCCAAGAUUUAAUGAUCCACGUCCUGUAUGUGUGUACACAGAUCAUGCCUGUUUAUAUUUAUGAAUCCGUGAGGAUCAAAGUAUUAAAAUAUCAAAAAGCAUUAAAAAGCAGGUUUUGUGCUACCUUUGGGACAGGAGGUUAGAAGAUAACAGGGCGAGUUAGUUAACUUCAAUUAAUCCCCUUAAACCUUGACACUACAAAUGGCAGUCCAAGUGUAAUAUGUCAACCAAGGUUAUGUGACAGGUUUUAGUGUCCACAAAUCUGAGAACUCGUUUGAUUUUCAUUAACAAAAUGUGCAGGCACUUCUUUUAAAGCUGCUGUCUUGGUUGUCCUAUUUUAUUGUACUAAGUAUCUACUCUAACAGAAUUGUGUUGGUAAACAAACGUAAAUGAUCAAAUUGUUGGUUCUUGGUUUGUUGGUUUCUUUUUUUCUUGGAAACAUUUUUGAAGACUGUGUACUGUAAUACAUAAGUCACUCAUUGUAAUACCCUAACAAAAAUCCAGUUUCAGCAUGAAUUUAAUUAUAACAAUUAGUUGCACAAUGUACAGUUGUACUUUGCAAAUGUACAUUGUUAACAAUUUGAAUAUAUAUUUAUCACAUUACAGUAAUUAGAAAAAGAUCUUACCCUGAUUUGAGUAGGCAACUGAGUUUUGGGUUAGGAAGGUUCAUCAAAACCACAUGUACAUACAGGCUGCAUAUAAACCAACUCUGCAGGGUUUUAUCUUAGAAAUGCUAAAUCAUGCAGACUUGCUAUUUUUGGCACAGUUGCAGAGUUUAUUGUUGAGAAUGUGGGAAUAAAUAGUUGCACUUCAUGUGUGACAGUUGCUUUUGGUCACUCUGAUCGUUUUUGCAAAAAUACAUUGGUCAGUUUUGUGCAAAUUUGACUUGGCUUUUCCCUAUUCUGUAUGUUAAAUCGCAUAUUUAUAAUCUUCCAGCUCCUCUUAACCUUUUGUUUUCUCCUCAAAUUUCACUUUAGUUACUUGAUAGCUUAUGUUUUUUUCCGAAACAAGGCUGAAGUGUUGUCUUUUAACAGGUCGGUGAAAUUGUCAUUUUUGUUUCCAUGGUGACCCUGCUGAUUGAUGCUAAAUGAGUUUGUGCGAGUGAGGCUCUGUGUUUUCAUUAGCAGUUGAUGUUGCUCUGUUAAUUAAUAUAGGAAACAAUGUUGUUAUAUAUUGAUCAAAUUUUUUUAUUUAUACUAGUGCUAGAGUUGUACAAUACUGAGAAUUUUACAUAUGAUUGAUGGUUUGAUUGUACAUUAAAAAUAUGUAAAAAAAUAAAUUGUUUUAAAUUAAGUGUAGAUGCUGUGUUUGCACUGUAUUGCUGUCACCGAUGAAGUACCGCAUGUCAAUUUCUGCUCUCUGGUAAAUCAAAGAACAGUGGUGUGUGUUACAUUCAAUGGUGUGAGUUUCAACUUUAUUCAUUAAAUAACAAGACAUCACAAGA